AUGCUUAAGUCAACAUACACUGCUCCUCCUCCUUUGCCCCCAGGUUGGACAGAGCAUCGAGCUCCCACGGGUCAUUUAUACUACUAUAACUCUUCUACUAAGCAAUCGACAUACACCAGGCCUCAAUCAGCCCCCGAGCCUGCACCGGCUGCGCCCGAUUUCCCCCAACCAACCUAUGAUCCUGAGACAUUACCUGCAUUCUCUUCAACACCCUAUGGACCGGCAGGAUUUGGCCCAGGAACCGCACAGCUUGAUCAACGACAAGGACUUCAUGGCCGGGGAGGGUUCCGCGGCGGCAGAGGCUAUCAUGACCAUCGCCAGAGAGGACCUGAAGAUCGACCAAAGAAGAAACACGCCAUACCCGAUUGCGCACCAUGGUUACUAGUUAAGACCAAGCUUGGGAGGCGAUUUGUCUUCAAUCCCGACACAAAUGAAAGCUUUUGGAAGUUUCCCCAGGAGGUUUUAAAGGGUGUUAUUGAAUUCGAUCGCCUUGAGCGUGACAAAAAGGAAAAGAAAGAACGAAGCGAGGAGCCCGAAAAACCUGCCAAAGACACAGCACCUUCGAAGCAAGGCGACCACGCAGAACCACAAGAAGCCACAGAAGAAGCCCAAGGCGCUGACGACGAUGAUGAGUACGAAGAGGUCGAGGUUACAGACAGCGAAGGAGAAGAUGGCCAGUCAUCCAAGCGCGCACGAACUGAAAGUGAGGGUGCCCAAGACCGGCCUUUAGAAUUUACUGAGGAAGAUAUGGAAUAUCAACUCGCCGCCAUGGGAGAAGACUAUGGGCUUGACCCCGGCGAAUACGGCGAGGCCGGGGAAGAAGAAUGGGAAGAGGGCGCAGAAGGCCUACCACUCACUGAGGCUGAUGCCGAAGCUCUAUUCCGCGAUCUGCUCGAUGAUUUCCAAAUCAACCCUUUCACAACAUGGGAAAAUGUCAUCGAAGAAGGGCUUAUCAUCGAGGAUCCUCGGUACACAGCACCCGCAAACAUGAAGGCACGACGAGAAAUAUUCUCCAAUUGGACCCGAGACCGUAUCCAAUACGUCAGGGAUCAAAAGGCGAAGCAGGAAAAGACAGAUCCGCGCAUUAAAUACCUGGCAUUGUUGCAAGAACAUGCGUCCCCAAAGCUUUAUUGGCCCGAGUUCAGGCGCAAGUACAGGAAAGAGCCAGAGAUGAAGGAUUCUCAGCUUUCGGAUAAAGAUCGAGAGAAGUUUUACAGGGACUACAUCUCGCGUUUGAAGCAACCGGAAAGUACCCGGAAAUCCGAUCUGUCUGCCUUGCUCAAAUCAGUCCCCUUGCACUCAUUAAAUCGCUCUUCGAACGUUGAAGCUCUACCAACCGUUAUCAUUACUGAUAUUCGCUAUAUUGGGCUCGCACCCAAGGUGCGCAAUUCCUUGAUUGAGGCAUAUAUAUCUACCCUUCCUCCGGCACCAGAGGGGCAAAUGACGCCAGAGGAAAAAGCAGAACUUGACCGAAAAAGAAACGAGCGGGAGAAGCGUGAAAAGGCCUUGGCUGAUCGGGAAAAGCGAGUGGAGGAAGAGAAACGGAGACAGCAUGGAGAUCUCAUCCGUGGCAAACAUCUUCUCCGCGAAGGCGAAGCCGAAAUCGAAGAGGCAAUGAAGGUCAACAAGGACGGACUACGGAGCUACAUGGACAUUGACCAGGUGAAAACAGAAGGAGAAAAGCCAAGCCAAUAG